AUGUUAGGCCAGGAGGAAACUAAUAACCCCCUCCCUCCAGCCGCCGCCCGGAAAAACUAUCUCCGGUCUGUUUCAUGGAGCGACCGUUCACCGCGCCGGCCGAGCAACAACCCUAGACCUCACCAGCCCUCGAAUCACAGCAAGGCGAGGUCAUGUCUCCCGCCGCUCCAGCCUUUGUCCAUAACCAGAGCUCCGGUUGAAGAAUGGCCUCGGGCCGGGUCCGACGAUUUGGGAAUCUGGCCGAACCCACAAACUCCCAGAACCGCCGGCGCCGGCGGCUUCCCAUUGACUCCUCAGCCGGCGGCAGUUCACAACUCCAAUCCUCCUGUGAGGGAAUUCCAGUUCAAGAGAGAAAAAUUGGCCUUCUUCGACAAAGAAUGCUCCAGAAUCGCCGACCACAUUUACCUCGGAAGCGACGCGGUGGCCAAGAACCGGGAAGUUCUCCGGCAGAACGGAAUCACCCACGUCCUUAACUGUGUUGGAUUCGUCUCCCCUGAGUACUUCAAAGACGACCUUGUUUACAAAACCCUCUGGCUGCAGGAUUCCCCUUCAGAGGACAUCACCAGUAUUCUCUACGACGUGUUCGAUUACUUUGAAGACGUGAGGGAGCAGAGUGGGAAAGUUUUGGUCCAUUGUUGCCAGGGUGUUUCGAGGUCCACCUCGCUGGUCAUAGCUUACCUCAUGUGGAGAGAAGGCCAGAGCUUCGAGGAUGCAUUUCAGUAUGUCAAAGCAGCUCGAGGUGUUACCAAUCCCAACAUGGGGUUCGCUUGCCAGCUUCUCCAGUGCCAGAAGCGUGUUCAUGCUGUUCCGGCCAGCCCUAAUUCGGUCCUUCGUGUGUAUCGAAUGGCUCCUCAUUCGCCUUACGAUCCUCUCCACCUUGUCCCCAAGAUGUUGAGCAAUCCAGGUUUGAAAGGACUAGACUCUCGUGGAGCUUUCGUUGUUCAUGUUCCUAGUACCAUAUUUGUUUGGAUAGGGAAGAAAUGUAGCCGUGUGAUGUUGAAUCAUGCUAGGGUAGCUGCAAGUCAGGUGAUUAGAUACGAAAGGGCGAAAGGUCCGAUUGUUAUUGUUCAUGAAGGGGAAGAAGGGAAUGAGUUUUGGGAUGCUCUCGGGACUAAUGAUGAUGGUGCUGGUGUUUGUAGUAGCAGUAGUAGUAGUGAUGAAAGGAAAGUUGAUGCGUAUGAUUCAGAUUUUGAGGUCUUUGAUAAGGCAGUUUGUGGAGGGGUUGUCCCACCUUGUUCGGUAUCGAAUGCUGAAUUCGAGACUCGCCUUUCUGCAAGUGAGAAUGGGUGGGGGAGGCUUAGAACGAAGUUUGCUAGUGGUAUCAUGAAGGAGUUCAUCAGUUCAUCCUCCAAAAUGGAUGUAGAUUCAGUAAUAUAUGAAGGUGAAGAAGAUGUGGAGGAAAAAGGGAUUCCAAGUAAGGACACAUUGUCUUCGUCGACUCCUUUUGGUUCGCCUGAUUCCUAUCACUCUUGCUCACCGGACUCUGCUCAGAAAUUCGGCUACAAGUCUCCUGCUACAAUAUCGCCUUCUGCUUCGGAUUAUUCGUCAAGUUCAUUUACCUUUUCGCCCUCAUCUUCAAACUGGUCUGACUUGUCGUAUGUGUCUUCCCAACAGCCUUCCCCUUCUGGUUUGGAAGCUCUUAACUCACCUACAAAGGUGUUUCCUGUUGAUCUUCAAACGAGUCAUGUGUCGAACAAGGUAACUACUUCACCAUCUAUAGCAGAGCGAAGAGGGAGUAACCCUCCGCCACUUAUAGUGAGUUGUGGGGCAAUUCUGCAGCAACCUGAAUUGGAUGAUGAUGUGAUGAAGGAUGGUCAUGGGGGGAAGGAGGAAAUGACUGAUGUUGAUAUGACUGGUGCAGAUUAUGACAUUGUCGACAGAGAGGAAGAUGGCAGAGUUCAUAUUAAUCAGUUGUGA